AUGGUGGUCUCAGGCGCUGAAGAAGUUUCUACCAAGUCUGCAUCGGAUUAUGACCGAAUGAAAGAACUUAAGGAAUUCGAUGACACGAAAGCUGGUGUUAAAGGACUCGUAGACUCUGGGAUUGUGAAGGUCCCUCGUAUAUUCAUCGACCCAUCACUUAAAUCCGAUGAGAAGCUGGUUAUUUCAAGUGAUGAGAAACGUUCUACGGUUCCGGUCAUAGACCUGAACGGCAUCCACGAAGAUGCUGUUCGACGGAAAGACGUCGUCGACCAAGUCCGACAUGCAUCGGAGACAUGGGGCUUCUUUCAGGUGGUGAAUCAUGGAAUCCCUACCAGUGUUUUGGAUGAGAUGCUUCAAGGGGUUCGCAGAUUCAACGAGCAAGACGUUGAAGUAAGGAAGAGAUUUUACAGUCGCGACACCAACAAAAAGGUGGUUUACAAUAGCAACUUCGUCUUGUAUCAGUCAGCAGCAGUUAAUUGGAGAGACACCUUCCAUUGUCUUAUGUCUCCUAAUCCUCCCAGCCCCGAAGAAAUUCCUCAAGUGUGCCGAGAUAUAAUGAUCAAGUACUCGGGGCAGGUUGAAAGAUUGGCAGUUACAUUGUUGGCUUUACUAUCGGAGGCUUUGAUGCUUAAACCAAGCCACCUGGUAGACAUAGGGUGUGCCGAGAGUCAUGCCAUUGCAUGUCAUUACUACCCCGCCUGCCCACAGCCUGAACUGACACUGGGAACAAGCAAGCAUGCCGACAACGAUUUUAUCACCAUCCUUCUACAAGACCUGAUUGGUGGCCUCCAAGUCCUUCAUCAAAACCAUUGGCUUGAUGUGACCCCUCUGCGUGGGGCCCUCGUUGUCAACAUUGGAUGUGUUUUGCAGAUUAUUUCAAAUGAUAGAUUUAAAAGCGUGGAACAUAGAGUAGUUGCAAAGAACAUAGGCCCCAGAGUGUCGGUGGCAUGCUUUUUCCCUACAACCAUUCAGGAAUCCAUCAAGAAGUAUGGUCCAAUCAAGGAGCUGCUAUCUGAGGAGAAUCCCCCCAUUUACAGGGAAACUACGAUCCCGGAAUUUAAUUCAUACUUCUUUUCAAAAGGCGGAUUUGAUGGCAGCAGCCCUGUGUUAGAUUAUUUUAAGUUGUGA